AUGCCGUUCGGUUUUCCAUCUGAAGAUGCGCAGCAGCAUCUGCAAUGGCUGCAGGCUAUCAAGGGAUCGUCCACGUCAGCAGGCGAAGCGACAGCUGCGGAGGCGGACCUUCGAGAGAUGAGUGGCGAGGUGGUGAGCAGCAACCCAUACAGUCGUCUCAUGGCCCUGCAGCGCAUGGGCAUCGUGCACAACUACCAAGACAUCCGAAAAUACACUGUCGCUAUUGUGGGCGUGGGAGGAGUGGGCAGUGUGGCGGCGGAGAUGUUGACGCGGUGUGGCAUCGGCCGCUUGCUGCUGUACGACUAUGACAGCGUGGAGCUCGCCAACAUGAACCGCCUCUUCUUCCGCCCCGACCAGGUGGGCAUGACCAAGACAGACGCUGCAGUGCAAACGCUCCAAGGCAUCAACCCGGAUGUGGGCCUUGAGAGCUACACGAUCAACAUCACGACGGUGGAAGGGUUUGAGCGGUUCACCGCGAGUCUCACUCACCCGUCGGAGCGCAGCAAGAGCCGCGUAGACCUGGUGCUGUCGUGCGUUGAUAACUACGAGGCGCGCAUGGUCGUCAACCAGGCGUGCAACGAGCUGAAGCAGGUGUGGAUGGAGUCGGGAGUGUCAGAGGACGCAGUAUCAGGCCACAUCCAGCUGCUCAUCCCAGGAGAAACUGCCUGCUUCGCUUGCGCUCCUCCUCUGGUGGUGGCAUCGGGCGUGGAUGAGCGCACGCUGAAGCGUGAGGGCGUGUGUGCAGCGUCACUGCCCACCACCAUGGGCAUCAUUGCAGGGCUGCUCGUGCAGAACACCCUCAAGUUCCUCCUGCGCUUCGGAUCUGUCACGCCCUACCUUGGCUACAGUGCGCUCAAGGAUUUCUUCCCCACCAUGCGCAUGCUGCCCAACCCCCACUGCUCCAACGACAUGUGCUGCAAGCGACAGGCUGAGUACGAGGCUGACAGGCCCAGGCGAGAGGCAGCCGAGGCAGCAGCGGCGGCGGCAGCAGCAGAGGAGGAGAAGCUUAAGGAGGCGGUGCCAGUGCAUGCUGAGAACGAGUGGAGCAUCAGUGUGGUUGAGGACGAUGCCCCGGCUGCAUCGACUGCUGCAUCGGCAUCACCAGCAGCAGCGCCAUCAUCUUCGCAAGCAGAGCAGCUGCCAGAGGGCCUCCUGCGCUCCUUGCCACAAGCAGACGAGGUGGCUGAUUCUGCAUCAGCGGAGGAUGUGGUGUCAGUACCUGCAGAGGCAGAUUUGGAUGACCUGCAAAGCCAGCUUGCCGCACUUAUGGGCACUAAAUAA